AUGGAGGCGUUGGAUGGGAUGGAUCUGGACGGUUUGGCCUCCUCUGCAGCGCUGCUCAACUCAAGCCUUGAAUCCGUUUUCAACAUCUCCAACAUCACCUUCUUUCCCUAUUACCAGCACACACUCACUAUAGCAGUCACCUAUAUCGUGGCGUACUUCUUCAUCUUUGUGCUGUGCAUGAUGGGAAACAUCCUGGUGUGUCUGAUUGUGCUGGAGAACCGCCGGAUGAGGACAGUGACCAACUUGUUUAUACUGAACCUGGCCAUCGCCGACCUGCUGGUGGGCAUCUUCUGUGUGCCCAUCACUCUAGUGGAUAACCUCAUCACAGGCUGGCCCUUCUCCAAAUCGGUGUGUAAAAUGAGCGGAUUCGUUCAGGGCGUGUCUGUGUCCGCAUCGGUCUUCACCCUAGUGGCCAUUGCUGUUGAAAGAUUCCGUUGCAUUGUGUACCCCCUGCUGCCCAAACCCACCAUGCUGAUCUCUAAAGUUGCCAUUGUCCUCAUUUGGGUUCUUGCAGUGGCCAUCACCACUCCCACAGCCAUAGCCCUCACUGUGGAGCUGGUCCCAAACCACUACAUGAUUUACAACAACACCACCAUCCCCCUCUACUCCUGCUUCGAGAACUUCAGCAACCCGAAGAUGAGCAAAGUCUACACAGCUGUCCUCUUCACACACAUAUACCUAGUUCCGCUGACCUUUAUCACAGUCAUGUAUGGAAGCAUCGGAGUAAAGUUGUACUCUUCGAUCGUGGCCAAUCGCGAACCACCACUCGCAAACCGCACCGUACAAGUCCGCUGCAGAAGGAAUGGGCAACAUAUGAUCUCUCAGAAGAAAAUUCGGGUGAUCAAAAUGCUCAUUGUGGUAGCGUUGCUGUUUCUGCUGUCUUGGUUGCCGCUCUGGACUUUGCUAAUGAUGGCUGAUUUUGCUGGAUUGGACAGGGAUCAAAUAGAUUUACUUACCAGCUAUAUUUUCCCAUUUGCACAUUGGCUGGCCUUUUCUAACUCCAGCGUUAAUCCCAUUAUCUACGGCUACUACAAUGAAAACUUCAAAAGGGGUUUCCAAGCCAUGUGUAAGUCCAAGCCGUUCUGUUGCUGGGCACAGUGCAGAGUGUGUGGGGUGUGGAGGAGAUUGAAGGGGUUGAGCAGGAGGAAAAAUAAAAAAGAUCAGAAAAGUAACGGAGGGAGCAGCAACUCAAAAGAUGGGACGAACCAUCACCUUGUCAUGAACGUGAGAAAUCGGGUGCACAACGACGAUAAGCUGACAGACUCGGUAGAAUCCAAUAAGAGCGCACGGCUGGAAUGUGUGGUGGUCCACUCUGAUAAAAACAGUCUGGAGGAGGCGGGCUUGCAGAAGCAACUGGGAGCCAACUACCAGGAGUUUGCAAAGCGACGGAGCCCUCCAGGACUGUCCCUCUAUCAGGCCUGGGACACAUAA